AUGUUCCCACGCGCCCCCCUCCACAUAGCACGCACACGCAUAUACACAAAUACACUCCAGCGCUUCCCGCCCUCCCGUCUCCAAUCCACAUCCACAAUCCCCGUCACGCAGACCUGCCCAUCGCCGACAUGCGCCUGCGCCGCCACGCCGGCCGACCUCGACAUCGACCGCGCGGCGCCGCUGCUAAACACCAUGGCGGCGUAUGCGCAGCACGUGGUGGUGUGUACGGGGAAGGAGGAUUGGAGCAGUAAUAUCGAGCAGGAGGAGGGUGGGACGGGGGAGUUUGUGCGCGGGUUGAAGGGCGUGGUUGGGCGGGGAGGAGAGGGCUUUGAUCCAUUCAACAACAUCCUCAUCACCGCGUCCUCGCUACCGACCAACAACACACCCCAAAACACAACAACAACAUCAGCCCUCCUCUUCCCAGCCUUCAAACGCAUACAAGCCAUCCCACAUGACCCCUCCUCCCUCGCAAACUUCUCAUCCGCCUUCCUAAAAGCACAAACCCUCCACCCUAUGCACGCACCCCUCUCCCCCCCCCAAAAAGCAGCUCUCACGCGCCAACCCGCACUCACCCCCCUCUUCGCCACAACCCCCAUAACCACACCCACGAUCCUAAUCUGCGGCCACGGCUCGCGCGACUCGCGCUGCGGCAUCCUGGGCCCGAUACUUCACGCGGCGUUUAAAGCGGAGCUACAGCGGCGCGGCAUCGAGGGCGAGGUGGCGCAGAUUAGCCAUAUUGGGGGGCACAAGUAUGCGGGGAAUGUUAUCGUGUAUGUUCCGCCCAAUGCGGGGGGGGCGUUGGCCGGCGCGGGGGUUUGGUAUGGGAGGGUGGGGCCCGAGCAGGUUGAGGGGGUUGUGGGGGAGACGGUUGUAAGGGGGAGGGUGGUGGGGGAACUGCUUAGGGGGGGGAUUACGGGGGAGGGGGGGAGCUUGGGGAGGGUUGUUGAGGAUGGGAUGAGGAAAGAUGGUGGUGAGGGGGAGGAGGGACUGAGGUUGAGGGCUAGGGCGAGGGGGUGAGGUUGAUGGCACUUUUAGGUAUAAGAAUAUGGCUCAAGGUGGUCGUGUGUCGGCAGGGCAGCCAACUAUAAUAUAACCCCGCUCGGUGAAUAGUAACAUGCUGCUAUGCUGUAGUCUCCUACUGUUUAUAAGUAAGCACAUGCACUUUCUCGAUCCAC